AAAUCCACCGGUAAAACCACUGAAGAAGAAAAGACGGUUGGAGGCUUACAGACUCGAUGUUGAGCAUGAAAGCGCAGGUGGAUGUGGUCUGCUGUAAAUCAGUAGGAACUGAUCUGUCCAUGCUGGAUAUUGAGGAUUUCAUCACAGAAAUCUGUCAGCUGAAGAAAGAGGUGGCUUCACUGGAGGCAAAGCUGAGAGAAAGAGGAGACAAACUGUACAGAGAGGAUGUGGAGCAGGUUUGGGUGCGUGAGACUGAUGGGACAGAAGCUCAGGAUUCAGUCUGGAGCGUCAGAGAUCAGAGAUCCAGAGACACACAGGACUCAGAGCUCAGCCUCACUUUACACUGUUAUACUGACGCUCAGGAUCAUGAAUCCACUGAUCAAACCUCUGACUGUAACGCUGGAGAACAGCAGAUGCUGCAGACGCCGCUGAGGAUGUGCUCCGUCAAACUGGUGGACUGCAGGAACCUGAUCGAGAGCAGAGGAGAAGAAACCACCGCUGAGAAACAACAACAACACACUGAUGAGGAAGAGGAGGAGGAGGAGGAGGAGAAGGAGAAUAAUGUGGAGGAUGAUGAUCAGAGUGAUGAUGAUGAUGACAGUGGUGAUGAAGAAGAUGAAGAUUUCAUCCCUCCAGAUGAUAAAGGCUGUUCAUCUUCUAAUGGAGAGACAGACUUAACAUCAAAAGAGCAGCUGACGGUCAAGAGUUUCUCCUGCAGCACCUGUGGAAAAACACUGAGUUCAGAGAGCCAUUUAAAGAGACACGAGAGAAAACACACGGAACAGAAAGACUUCAGCUGUAGGAGAUGCAAAAUCAGCUUUCCUACCGCAGAAGAGAAGAGACUUCAUUCAAAAGAGCACAGCGGGAAGAAGGAGUUUCACUGUGAACAGUGCGGGAAGGAUUUUUUCACCACUGUUCCUAAUAUGAAAUCUCAUAUAAAAACACACAGCGAAAAGUCUUUCCACUGCAGUGAAUGUGACAAGUAUUUCAGCAACAAAGCAAAUCUUGAUGCUCAUAAGCGAAUCCACACGGGAGAAAGACCAUACAAAUGUCCGCACUGCGAGAAGACCUUCAAUCAUGGAUCUCAUCUGAAGAAACAUAUACGUUUGCACACUAAUGAGAGACCGUAUCAGUGCAGUGAAUGUGGGAAAGCUUUCACAGACUCAGGCUCUCUAAAGUCACACCAGAAAAUCCAUUCAGAUGAGAAACUGCUUCAGUGCAAACACUGCGACAAACAAUUCCGUCAUAUUAAUAGUUUGAACAUUCACGAGAGGACACACACUGGAGAGAAACCAUAUCUGUGCGCCCACUGCGGGAAGAGCUUUUCAAAUUCACCUAGUUUUUUAUUUCAUAAGCGAGUCCACACCGGAGAAAAACCAUAUCACUGCAGCAUUUGUGGGAAGAGUUUCGGUAAACAUGGCACAUUUCGAAACCACAAGAGGAUUCAUACUGGAGAAAGACCGUUUAAAUGCUCACAGUGUGAAAAGACGUUUGCUCGAUCAGACGUCCUUAAGGUCCAUCAGCGAGUUCAUACAGGAGAGAAACCUUACUCCUGCUCCAUCUGCGGCGAGAGAUUCGCUUAUUUAGGUAGUUUUCAGACCCACCAGAACAAACACGCUAAAGAACAAACAGCUCCAGAAUCACCAGAGUGACUUUCAUCAGUCAAUCUGGGAAAUAAAUCUUGUUUGGCUCGUCCUGAAAGUGUUCAUUGAGUUCUGAGUGAACUUUUUUAAUGCUGUAGAUUGAUCCAAGUGCUGUAUAUAAUGUCAUGUUUGACAGAGUAAAGCAAUGAUUUUAUGUUAAACCAAACAGAACAAUUAAGAAUUCUCAAAAUAAAAUACUACAAUAAUAUGA